CCGCCGGGGCCCUCGCCUCGAUCUCGUGUUUUCGUGCGCUUUAGUUCCGCGCCGGGUGCCACGAUAGUUGGAUCGAACGAGAGAGUCGUCGUUGCGCGCGUGUGUGUGUGUGCGUGUGUGUGUUGCGCGCGCGCGCCUCCCGGUUUCUCUGUGUUUUUCUCAAAACGACCAUUAAAUACAAACCCAUUUUCAAUCGCAUCAAUUGACCCUGUCGACUUACCGCCCUCUUCGAAAAGCAAAUCCUCUUCCCCACCUCCCUCACGAUCGUACUGACGUUUAACCGAAUUUUCAAAUCGGCGCACACAUAAACGAUCAAAACAUCGCCUCCGCGAAUGGAAUUGUUAAUCCGCCCCGAUACGUCAUCCCGUCUCUCGGUUUUCAAUAAACUUCGAUUCAUCUGUGCUCCAGGAUUUAAUAUCAAACUCUUUGGUGCCCCGCUUCAACGCUCCCCUCUCCCUCAACGAUCAAACGUGCGUGAUUUUUUGGUUAAACGUUAACUCGACGCAGGGGCAUUUGUUUUGAGGGGGCGCCUCUUGUUUAUCGCCUCAAAGAUCGAUGGAUUGAGUGACAGCUUCAACAAAAAUCGGAGCUUACGUCGAUAUAUAUUUCUUGCAAAUAUAUAUAUACUGUUUGUGUGACAAAAUACAUAGAUAUGUAUGUACGCACUCGUGUGGAUUCAUGAAAUUGUGCAUCGAUAAUCGACGGACCGUUUCGUUAUACUGUACUCCACGUCGUACCAAACAGACGGAAGUUUCAAGUUUAUAUUCUAUUCGCGAUCCACUGUGAUCGUACAGAAUUCCAACAUGUGUCGUGAGUGUUUAAAGUGCAGUGUUUUGGUGAUUACUUAGUGUUUUUUGACGCAAAUAAUAUAAUAAUCGUAUUAAGAAAGAUUAACAACAAGAAACGUUGAAAAUUAUAUAGAUUCAUGCGUUAUUUAGAUACACAUAUUUACGGUUGUUGUGUGUUUCGUAAUAUUGGAAGACACGAGUUUUCGGGCCCCUUAUCGCGGAUUGUCCACUCGAGAUAAGGAAAAUCGUCAAAUGGUCUGCGAACUCGUAUGAAACCGAGCACUUCUUCAAGAGGGCGCGAGUGUCCUCGGGAAUCCCCUUUAUUUCGGUAUUGAAAUAAAUCGUCACUUCAGUGGAAGAGGAAAAGUGAAAAAAGGGCUUGAACUCAGUUCGGACUGCCGGAGCGCGUCCUCGAUCUCCGAGGAUAAAGUCGCGUUAACCGUCCUAUCGUUUGACACUUUUUCUUCCCUUUCCAACUCUCUCGACGAACCUCUCAAAAGUCGAAUUUUCUUUCGACUUACUUUCCAUCUCGGUUUUCACUUCGGGCUUUUUCGCUUACUUUUUUUUGUUACUUCCCCCCGUCCGAGAGCGUGAGGCGCUUAGCCCUAACGCACGUAAAAAAUCAACGAAAAUUCUCGACAUAAUGGACAUGAGCAGCGAAUCGAGCGCGGCGAGAUGGUACGAGCCGCCGAGGACCGGUCUCGAGCCACCGUCGGGCGCCGGUGGCGCGGGUGUCAACCCCGAUUACAGGGGUUACUAUCCCCAUGCUGGACCAAACCCCCAUCAUCCUGCCGCUGCCGCACAUUACGCACACAGUAGGAUGUCGAGUGGCGGUGUAACGAGUGCCCCCGUGAGCCAGGUAUGUCGUCCACACUUUCACGGCUCGAUGCUGCAUCCGUGGUUAUCGGGUACGAGCGGGGACGCAUCGAAGCCAUGGGGUUUCCCAGCGACAGCGGCGUCGACGGGGGGCGGUGCAGGGGGCGAGGACAAGCCUCAGAGUCCGCUGGGUUCUUCGUUGCCGCCGUCAUCGGGUAGCCUCUCGAGUCACGGGGGUGGCGGUGCCGGUCAUCAUUUGUUUUCGUUUCCACCGACUCCACCGAAAGACGCGACACCGGACAGCAUAACGACGAGCACUUCCUCAACGACCAACAACAACAAUAACAACAACACCAACAACAACAACAACAGCAAUAACAACAACAACAACAACAGCUCGAGCAGUAACAACAACAACAGCAGCGCAAACGGACUGAGCCUCGGUGGCGGUAGCAGCGAGUACCAAGCCGCCGUCGCUCACGCGGCUGUCAUGGGAGCUUUCAUGCAUCAUCAAGACGCGCUCGGAGCCACAUCCGGUGGCUCCUGCGACGUCAAGCCUUCGGUGAUGCUCGGGCAUCACCACGGCGCGCCCUCCCCACCUCACCAGCACAACAAUGGAAACGGUAGCAACGGCGGACAGGUGAAACAACGCGAAGGUAAUAAUCAAAGCGCCAACUCGACUACCAACGGUCCCAACAACUCGGUCAACGUUGGCACUGCCUCCGCUGGUGGUGGCGCUGGCCAACAAAAUGCCGGCCCCGGGCAAACGAGCAGCCAGCAAGCGACAACCAAUCAGCAACAGCAGCAGGAUUACCAAAAUCCCGGUGGCGCUGCUUCACCCUCCUGUCGGGAUUCCUAUCACACCUCGACCUCCUCAUCCGCCGCUAACAAUCCCUCCCAUCAUCAUCACCCCGCUCAUCCAACCUCUCACCAUCCCAAUCAUCAUCACCACCAUCACUCCGCCAGUUCCGCUUCCCAAUACGAUCCAACUGCCACCGCUUACAACAUGUAUCAACACCUACAAUAUCCCACUCAUCACAGCCACAAUCCCCACAACGGUUCUUCCCUAUUUACCAAUUCGCAUCACAAUACUACCGGCGUUACCGGCCUAAGUCCCGAUUCUAAACUACUCGGCUCCACGCACGGCAACACACCCCAAUCCCCCGCAUCCCAACAACAGCAGCAGCAAAAGCCGAGGAACAAGUCCAGAACGUCCGCCGAGGGUCGCGAGUGCGUGAAUUGCGGUGCAACCUCGACACCCCUCUGGCGACGAGACGGUACCGGACAUUAUCUUUGCAACGCCUGCGGACUUUAUUACAAAAUGAAUGGCCAAAACAGGCCUCUCAUCAAGCCCAAAAGACGCCUGUCUCUUCAGAGCGCAGCAAGGAGGGCAGGCACGAGCUGUGCCAAUUGCAAAACAGCGACGACGACCCUGUGGCGGAGGAAUCAAGCUGGCGAGCCAGUUUGCAACGCGUGCGGAUUGUACUACAAACUACACAACGUUAACCGACCUUUGACCAUGAAGAAGGAAGGCAUACAAACGAGGAAUCGCAAACUCUCGUCGAAAAGCAAAAAGAAAAAGGCUGGAGGCUGUUUGGGACUCGGUGGGGUCAUGGGCGACAUGAUUAAAGCCAGCGGACAUCUCGAUCUCGAUAACAAGCCUUUCCACUCCGGUUUUGGAUCACCCAUGGGCACGUCUCAGCAUCAUCACACGAUGCAUCCGGCGAUGCAACAUUACAUGUAUCACACGGGUGUCGGCGUAGCCGGUGGUCUCCAUCAAGGAUUCGCGCCUCCUGCUCCACCACCGAUUCACCCUCACUCGCAUCCCCAUUCGCACUCCCAUCACAUGACGAGUCUCCAGGGUCUCCAACUUGCAGCCACGACGAACGCCAUGGGUGGUUGGCGAUCGGAGUACACAUGAAUGGAUAUGUAUGAUGACGAGUUCAGGACGCAGCCCACCAACAGCAUAACCAACACUGCUCCAAUGUAAGCUUCUCUUCUGAAAAAAAUAAAAAUUUUAAAAGUCAAAAGUAAAGAAGAUAUAACGAAGAAUCAACAAUGAACGGAAGCGUCGACGAAGAGGAGCGUGCGUGUGUAUGUGUAUAUCGACACGGUACUCGUAUGCAUAUAUCAUAUAUUUAUAUAAUAAUCGUUGCGUACAUAUGUGUCCAAAAUUUUGUGAGCACGUUUUUCAGACGUCUAAAAAUGAUAUAUAUAAAUAUAUAUAUUACAUAAGAAAUAGGAGUUUGGCGAACGAGAAAAAGAAGAUAGUUUGAACUAAGAGAGUUAUACUGGGUCAUUUGGGGCGCGAUUUUUCUCGCUUGUUAUACAGGAUUACAUUAUUAAUAAGCCAGAGAAGAAAUGACUAUUGAUAGUACACCCAUCCAAACACAAAAAACAUACAAACACACAUGCAACAUAUAUAUAUUUAUAUUUGUAUUAAUAAAUAUAAAUAUAUAUAUAUAAAUAUAAAUAUAUUAAAUAUCGUGCGAUAAUCGGGCUCGUGAGAUAAUACUGUAAAUAUGUAAAAUAAUAAUAUAUGUAUACCAUAGGGUGGAGAAGAAAAACACGCCCCCGGCCCCAAGUACAAAAGAAGUCAUCUACUUUAUCGAGUUUUACGUUUUUUUAUUGUAAAUAGACACCGGUCUCUCCGCCGAUUUCUUCGGCCCUGACACUGUCAUGAUCAAUUCAUUGGGAAAAAGGAAUUGGCCAUUCUUAAGAAAUUAUUUGUUUUUUUUUGUUUUCCUUUGUUUUCGUUUUUAUUAUUAUUAUUAUUUUUCAUAUAAAUAAUCACAUUAAAGUGCUUUCUUGCCAUUAUUUGAAAACUUUCGUAGAAUUAUGACUGAGACUCCUGAGAGGAUGGAAUCCUUGCAGAAAAUCCGAGGGUAUGAAACCCCCGGGUGAUCUUUUUUUUGUUUUAAAGAAGAAGUAGAAAUGAUUUUUAAAACGCACUUCAUUCCUCAACCACGCUUAGAAUGAUCUGAGUAAAAAAUUGUAAAUUCAAUUAUAAUCCCCGGCCCCCCUUGCCCUUUCCCUUUAUCGAAGUUAUCGUGCAAUUUAAAGUAACGAGCCAAGAUUCUUAUCGCGGAUUCGAUCCGAUUGAGAAUCGCGAGCGAAUUUUGUUUUUGUUUAAACGAAAAGUCGAAAACAAAAACAAGAACGAAACUGAUCGAAACUAUAAUAAAACAAUCGUUAGAAGACACGAAAAUGAAAAGUUUCCUGUCAAAUUCUCUCGCGGAUUCUCUCGAUCGAGCCUCCUCUGACCUCUUCGCGUGUUUUACCGGUUAGCGAUACGUAGAGACUAAAAUAAAAACGUAAACAAAUUGUAUCAUUAUAUCUAGCGAUCGUGAGUCGACGGGGUGCCGGAAAAUCUACGAAUGUCUCGGACCCGUCAUCUUCCUCGCUCGUUCUUUCGAAUACAAUUGUUUCUUUUCAUUUUUUUUUUUUUCAUAUUUCCGUUUUUUUCCCCUCUAGCUCGUAACAGAUAAAUUUAGUCGGGACACGAAAUGAAAAACAACUUUGCGAAAUAUGAACAAAAUUCUAACACGGACACAUAUUCACACAGACACGAGAUACUCGCAAUCCAUAGCGAAUACUUUGAUUUAUAGCCACACAAUAAAAUCAUUAUUAUAAAAAUAAUAUUAAUAUUAAUAAUAAUAACAAUAAUAAUUUAAGAAUUAAACACGUGUAAAUUUUGUAUCUUCGAGAUUGUGUAUCGUAAAUUGAUAUGAAAAACAAAAAUCUAGGUAAACGAACGAGAAAUCUAUAUAUAUAUAUAUAAAUAUAUAAUACAAAUAAAUCUAUACAUAUAUAUGCAUACAUAUGUGUGUGUGUGUGCGCGCGCGUGUGUGUGUGUGUGUGUACUGUAACGAUGGAUUAACUAUCGUAUCAAAUGGUAAAUAACCCGUUGGCUAUAAGAAAAAAAUAAAAAUAAAAUCGAGGGAAAUGAGGAUGAUGAAACAAACGAUGCAAUUGUGCAUAAUUUUUAGCGUUCUAAUCAAGAUGAUUAAACUCGCCCCCCCCCCCCCCCCCAUGCUCCCUCCCUUUAGAUAGUCAAAGUCUUGGGUAUAAAAGCAUCGAGUGGAAAUGAAAAUGGAUGUACGUGAGAGCGGUUUUCAAAGUUCGAACGUCCCAAUUUAGUUGUUUUGAAAAAUUGGCAUGAGAGAGAGAGAAAGAUUGCGAGAGAGAGACCACAUUGUGAUUUUUGAUUAUAGACGUUACUCGUUCUAGCGUAAUUAUGAAUUACCGUGGCGAUCCGUGAGCGGCUCGAAAUGAAUUUCGAGUAAUCCACUCUCGGGAAUAAAGAGGUGAGAAAAGAAAGGUAAAUUAAAGAAAAAAUUGAAAAAAAAAUAUUCGAGAGGUGUUGUACGUAGUUGAAAUGGAGAAUGACGCUCGUUUCGUGCUCGCACGAUCGUGUAACGAUUCCCGACGGAACGAUGGAUCGUGCGCGAGCGUCGAUCCUCCACGAAUCGAGGCGUUGCGAUAUUUCGAAAACAAAGUUGAAAGAAGGAAAACUAUUGUUCAAUUGAAAGACACUAAUCAAGUCCAGAACGAGAAAAGGAUAAAGAAUUUCGAAAAAUCGCAGUUCAUUCGAAUUCGCACGAGUCUUUAUACAUAGGAAACUGGGAGAAAGAAAGAGAGAGAGAGAGAAUGGUAUCUAUAUAGUAUUACUAGGAAAGUAGAUCGUAGACUGUAAAAUAUGAUUUUUAAACAGGAACCGAUGUGUGCGAAUGAUUUCAUAACUUGUCGACGGAGUGAUACCGAAAAAUAAAUAAAAUACAGAUAAACAAAAUUGUAGCGGACGGCGAUCGAUUGUAUUGUGAGAAAUGAAAAUUUAAAGAAAAAGAGAACAACAGUUCAAUAGUAAUUGAUGAACCAUGUCGAGAAACGAAGCAACAGCCCCUCGUUUCCGAGCCAACGUGGUCAGUGUCACGAUGUAAAAAAAAAAAAGAAAAAACAAAA